UGGAAGAAAGAUUCACUCUUACUGUAAGCUGCUUGUGCCCACCUCUUCUUGCUUUUCUUCUCCCACUGGAGCUAUCAACAGCUCAUUUCAACCAAACAUGAAAUUAGUGACAACCAGUUGUUUCGAAAUCGGAGUUCAGCUGACAUAACUAAUGGGCCGUGGCUGUAAGGGGAGUCCCACCUUUAGUAGCUGCCUUUAUGCUCUUACUGCUUCAGAUUCAUCCUACGUAACGGUUUUGUGGCCACAGGUUGAGUUAAUAUUCUCUGUUGGACCAGCUGUUUUUCAGAGCAGGUUUUCUGAUGGAUCAGCCACCUGAACCAUUGUUCUGUGACUACAAGGUCUGAUGUAGAGGGAGGCAGGGACCCGCAGCUUUGGGUGGGAGACUGGAGGAGGGUGUAGGAUUGCACUUUCCCUAAUCUCUGCAACUUCAGAGAGGAGGUAAGAAACUCCUUUUGGAAUGAUUAUGGGGUUUGCUGAUUAAUUGUACAGCCAGUUGUGUGAUGCAGGGCCAGGGGGAGGUGGUGGAACAUGCCAAACGAGAUUAACACGUUAGUUCACUUUUAGGGGAGGGAGGUGACAAGUUGAACCAGGACACUGGAAAAAACAAAGGUGUGGAAAAACUACAGAUCAGCAAUUAACAAUGGCAGAGUAAAGAAUUUGCCACGUCGUGACUGAAGGUGUAAGGAAAAAAGCCUACAGGGAGAUCAACUCAGCAGCGUAUCUUCCACGUUUUUUAACAGCCUAUCAUCACACGGCUUUGGGAGGAGCUUUGUAAUGCAUUCUGAAGAACAAAUAACGUUGUCAGAAGUGCAUAAUUGUGUUGCCUAAAAUUUGAUACAAGCUGUUGAGUAGAUGGCUCAGCUUCCUCCUGGGAUUCGCUUCAUCACUUCAUUUUCACGAGAUCAGUGGUACAGAGCCUUCAUUUUCUCUCUCACUUUCUUGUUGUAUGCCAGCUUCCAUUUAUCAAGGAAACCUAUCAGUAUAGUUAAGGGAGAGCUGCAUAAGCAUUGCGCUGCUUCACAUGAAGUUGAACUCAACUCAUACAAAGAAUAUGCUUCCCAGAUUCAGUCUGCGAAAAAGCCAUCUAAUGUAUCUCAGUGCGGUUGGGAGCCAUUUGAUAAGAACAACUACAAACAGUUACUGGGAGCACUGGAUUACUCAUUUCUGUGUGCAUAUGCGGUUGGGAUGUAUUUAAGUGGACUAAUAGGAGAACGGCUACCUAUCCGGUACUAUCUGACAGUCGGGAUGCUUGCUAGUGGACUCUUCACUGCAAUGUUUGGAUUGGGUUAUUUCUGUAAUAUACAUAACCUGUGGUUCUACAUAAUGGCCCAGAUAGCUAAUGGGUUGGUGCAAACUACUGGCUGGCCGAGUGUCGUUACAUGUAUUGGCAACUGGUUUGGAAAAGGAAGGAGAGGUUUGAUCAUGGGAAUCUGGAAUUCACACACUUCAGUGGGAAAUAUCUUGGGAUCCUUAAUUGCUGCUUAUUGGGUGUCUACGUGUUGGGGUCUCUCCUUUGUGGUGCCUGGUGUUAUCAUUGCUGUGAUGGGAAUUGUUUGUUUCCUGUUUCUUAUUGAACAUCCUAAAGAUAUAAGUUGCUCCUGCACACUAUCCAGUAGUUCUAAAGCCUUCCUGAAUGGUGCAUCUCGAUUCAGAGUUCCGAUGCCAAACUUGAAUACUAAGGAAACCAGUAAACCUCAGGAUCCAGAGGUGCAGCAUUUACUUACUGACAGUGAAAAUAGUAGUACGUCACUGAACCCCAGCACUGUGGUCACUGGGGAAAGCAGACACAGGACAGCAGCUAUCAGCUUCUUUGGGGCCUUGCGAAUACCUGGAGUCAUAGAGUUCUCCCUCUGUCUUCUGUUUGCAAAGUUGGUGAGCUAUACUUUCCUCUUCUGGCUUCCUCUCUAUAUCACCAAUGUAGAGCAUCUUGAUGCCAAAAGAGCUGGGGACCUUUCUACACUGUUUGAUGUGGGUGGAAUCUUUGGUGGAAUUUUGGCAGGCCUGAUUUCAGACAGGCUGGAGAAGAGGGCAUCAACCUGCGGAAUGAUGUUAUUGCUUGCAGCACCCACAUUGUACAUGUUCUCUGCAGUUAGUAAAAUGGGCCUUGAGGCUACCAUAGUGAUGCUGCUCAUCAGUGGUGCCCUGGUGAAUGGCCCUUAUGCUCUGAUCACAACUGCUGUUUCUGCUGAUUUGGGUACCCAUAAAAGCCUGAAAGGGAAUGCAAGAGCCUUGUCCACAGUUACAGCAAUCAUCGAUGGAACAGGAUCUGUAGGUGCAGCUUUGGGGCCUCUCUUAGCUGGUCUUAUUUCCCCAUCUGGUUGGAACAACGUAUUUUACAUGCUCAUGAUGGCAGAUGCAUGUGCCUUGCUAUUCUUGCUCCGUCUUAUUCAGAAGGAACUUUGGUGUAAUGCAGAUCAUACCCUGUUUAAAGAACACUGAGUGAUGCAACUAGAUUUGGAUUAAGGACUCAUCGGUGAUCAGAGCUAUUCCCUGAAAAACAAACUUCAUGGAAUGCAUUAUUCUGCAUUGAAGAGAUUCUGUUUGGUGAAGAACUUUGCACGUUUACUGGAAGCAGUGCGAAAAAUGCAGCUGGUAAAUCCCUGAAGCUCUUAUUUUUGCACAUGAAUAAGUACCUCAAGAUGGCAACUAUUCAUCAGAUGAAGAGACAGGAACUUUAGGAAGGUUUUAGCAGUGCGCCUCAACUGAGCCAAAGAAAAAUACCAAGUGCCUUUUUAUUUCUUUUCAUAGGAUGUUUUUAAUUAAAAUGCCUGUGUUUUCCAAAAGCAAGUCAAACUGAGAGCAUAAGGAAGUUGAAAUCAUCACAGUCCAGCAGUGAAAAGUCCCAAUGUCAGUGAGCAAAGUAUGUAUCCCUUAUUGUCAUCUCGUGCACAUCAAGGGCAUCACUUUAUAGAGGACAAUAACAGCUGGUUAUUAAGAUGCACUGCUAUUAGUAUUUUGAAGCUGCUCAGACAAUAACCUUACCAUAUGAUUAGUUUUUAGCUACAGUCCUCCUUCUAAUCCCAAGGACAACAUCCAGCAUUUCGGUAGGCAAUGAAAUGGAAUUUACUCUUGAGGUGUUCUGCAGUUAGCAGUUUUCACAGACUCUCUGGAUGGGUGUUAGUCCUCAAUUAGGGUUGUGCAAAAGAGUCCUAAGCAAGAAAAAGUAGACUAUGAGUGGGGGACAGGGGGGCCUCUAAUAAUUUUCAGGGCAUUAUAAACUGGUUGUGUGAGCAUCACAUAAUAGUUGUGCUGCUCCACUAGGCUGGGUUGAAAUGAGAGGGUGUUCCCUUAGGGUAGCAGAGAGCUGUGAGCUGUCAUACUUGAGCUCUACAGGAUUGAUCAGAUGAGCUACUUUAGUGCCUGCUGCCACCGUGAUCGCUGUUGGGUACUCCCUGAUUUCAGUGUUGGUGUGUGCAUGUGAAUGUCAUUGUCAAAUCAGGGCCUUAAUAACCAGAAAUCUCUUUCAAGUGGCUAAUUUCAAGUGGCUCAGAAUUUCAGAUUUAGAGCCAAAAUAUCAGAAAAGAAAAAUGACCUAGGUGGUAGGUUGUAAGAGAACGUUUCAGUAGUUAGUGUUACCCAGCGAAUAGACAGUUUAAUGUCUUCAAAAUGUAUCAUUUCUUUGUAUAGCUAUCUCCUUUGCAAAACGGAUGUUCCUGUGAUUUAUUUUAUUUUUUUUUUAAGAUGUACAGAGUCAAAAGGAGGGGGUUUUGUAUGAGGCAUUUAUACUCAAAUCAUGAAGGCUAGAUAAUUUAAACUGUAUUAUUCUUAACUGUAUUUAUUAAAGCUCUGGGCACGUCUUGUUCUGAACUAUGCUCUCAGGUUUUGUGAAACAAUGUAGUAGUCUUUACACUUGAUUAACAAAGCAGCAUGUUCUAAAAUAGUCCCGCAAAAUAUCGUGGAGAAAUGUCUCAUCAGCUACUGGUGUUGUUCCAUAUGCUGGCACAACAUUUAAUUUCCAGGGCUGAUUAGUAAUUGUUCAGUCUUUGAUGAGUUACUUCACUGGUUUGAUUCAGCCCGUGCUUUAUGCUUGACUUCAACAGUAUGUGUUCAUUUUUAACUGUUUUGUUGAAAACCAGGGAAAACCUCAGUCCCCCAAAGACUUAAGGAAGGCACCAAGUCCUUGCAAAGGAACGCUGUAUGCAGGCCCCAACCCUGCAGUUGCCUAAAUGAAUGGUUAACUUUAGAUUUUCAGUAAGCCUGUUGAGACCAGUGGGGAUGCUGAACAUGUGAAUUCAUACAUCUGUGCUACGUUUGGGCUUCAGGCUGUAGUUGAAUAUGACAGAAUUCUUCAGUAAUGUUAUUUGGAAGGACUUCCUAUUACAGUGGCAUGGAACACUGCUCCUCAUUUGGCUAGGCUGACCCUGGGGACUUACAGCCAGACUAGGGGACUGAUGUUAUCCUCUCAUGGGGGGAAGAGUAACACUGCAACCCCAAAACAGUUGUAUUGGCACACCUUCAGUGGCUGUGUGAAGAAGGAAGAAUGGGGGGCUUAAGCUGAAGGUGCAGAUCCCUUUCCCCCAAAAAAGGUAUGUAGACCUUUAUACUAGUUUAUCAAAACAGUUUAAAGUCUGCUGCACUCAGAUGUUGAGAGGCCCCUAUGGGCUGAAGUGUUUGGUUAAAAAGCUUUCAGUUGUAUCUAACAGUUAGAGGUUGUAAAGGUAUUUAACUGUGUCUUGGGUUUUACUUGUUGGGCUGCUGCUGUUAUUUAUUUAUUUAUUUGAAUAGCUUUUGCACUGCAGUGACUUGGGUAUGGGAUGAUGACAGUGUUGGAGGUACUGGGCUGAGCUCUUUGUAGGCAGGAGUUAGGGCUCUUAGUGAGUUGAUGUCUCCUUCUGUGCUAAUGUACAGCAUUUCAGUUCCUCCCAGUGAUGAAUAUGUUGGACAAAAGAUAAAGAUUUGCUUUUCUUUUUUAACAACCCUAGAAGUCCCCUAAAAGUUGUGAAUAAACUGUGUGUUUUGUUAGUAUUGGGUGUCAAUAUCUGUUAAUCUGGAAAUGAACAAGACUUGACAAAAUUUUAUAUGUAGAAAUGUGAGUGACCGGUAUGUAGAGCGAAAUUUAAGUAUGACUGUAAGGUUUGGUUUUUUAAUGCUGGUUGUUGUGAAUUUUAUCCAUUUACAGUCCUGUGUUGAAUAAAACCAGAUUCUGCUUUAAAAUGGGAAAUGUUGAUUAGUUCAUUUUUCACAUCUCCAUGAAGAAAUGCUUCAUAUGGAAGGAUGGAUAUCCCUGCAGGGACAGGGCUCCCAUCUCUUGUGAGGGUAAUGAAAAUGGUGCAGUAGGAGAACAAAUUGGAACCUUCUGUUUUGAAAACAAUGCCCUUGUCAACGUGAAUAUUUAAUCUUUUUUUCAUUUUGUGGGACUGUGGGUUGUACACCAUUAGUAUUUCCGAUCAACUGCAUCAGAUGGGUAUACUCACUUAUUUUGGUUUCAUAGGGAAGUAGGACACUCACCUGAGGCAGGGACUAAGUCCAGCUCCUACAGUGUAGUUUUAAGGUGAUUUUUUUGUUGUUGUUGUCUGCUUUGCUUGCUUUUCAAUUUAUAUGGAAUUGAAAUUGAAAAGCUUCAUCACUUCUCUCUAGCUUUCAUAAUCUUGAACAUUUAUUGUCUUGAUUCUGUUAUGUUUGAUGGGGUUUGUGUGCCUCUGGCACUGCCUCUAGCAGAGAUACAAUGUCCAAACAAUAGAUGUGCCAGGGAAGAACUUCUUGGAAAGGAAAACAAUUUCUGGUUACAGAAAGACGUCUGAGGGUUUUGGACAGUAUUUCUGAUCAAAAUGUGCCCAAGGUGCCUCCCAGGAAUAGGUAAAUAAUAGCUGGGACAUCUUCUAAAAGAAGGGAGACUUGGACCUGAGUUUCUGUUCUGCCUGAUUCGGAGCAGAAGCCUCAAGCAGGGUACUGAGCACCCUGGCUGUUGCUGGACACACUGCAGUGGAGGUUUGUUGUGUGUAGGAAUCAUAGAAUCGUAGAAUGGUUAGGGUUGGAAAGGACCUUAAGAUCAUCUAGGAAGGGUUUAUAGGGUGGGAAAAGGAUGAAUAGGUAGCAGGGAAAGUCUGAGACUUCUUUUGCCUGUAAGUGAAACUGCUAACCUAUUCCAUGCACUAAGAUACACCUACUCCUGUAUGUUUUUCCAGUUAGAAAAUUCCAGACGGGAUUCUUUCAUCAGCUUCAGGAGGUUAUUACAUGUGUUUCUGAUUAUAACAGCAUUAGAAUACCAAUGGGAAUCCUCCACCUUUUUUUGUGCCAGUGUCACAGUGCCUCAGACUCUGGCUGACCUCAUCAUGUUUAUGCUUGGGUACCUGUUCAGUUGCUGCUGGUUUCUCCAGUGACUGAUGUGUGAAGAUGUUCGUAUGAGAAGUGCUGCUCAAAACUGGGUAGGUGUAAGAUGGUAUAAAUAAAAGCAGAGAAUGUUUAGAGAUGUUGGAAGCUACUGGUCCUGAUACGGAAGUAAUUUGAGGGAGAUUGUUUACAAUCCCAUCAAAUGAUGAGGCCCAGAAUUUGUAAUGGUGUUCUCUGGUCUGAAUGAAAUUUUAUGGCCUACAUAUUUUUACAUAAGAGGUUACAUUGUAUUAUUUCAUUAUCUGUCCCAACCUGAGUGUUUAUCUGAUACGAUGUUCUGACUGCUGGCCUACGUCACUUUCACCUUGCAGCAAGUCUGUUUUGGUUUUGUUUUGCUCUCUGCUAUACCAGCCAUGCGAUGGUAAGGACUCUGCCUCCUGCCCCCAUCUCACAGCCUGCUGUUCCAGUGGAGGGACUGCAGACAGUUCCCCAGGAGGUUUUCAUUUGUGCGCUCUGAGGCUUUGGUAACCUUGAACUACAUUUUCUGCCAUUCUGAGUUAAAGAUCUGACUGUCAUCCUUAGAGCUGGAGAGGGGGAAGGAGAGGGUUUAACUGCUGGUGUGCUGCAGCCUCAUGUCCACUGACUUUAACACCUCAUUGUGUGUCUCACUGCCUCAAGAGUUUAAUAAACUUUAAUUGCUAAAA